ACAAAAAAAUUCAUCAAGAACCCUAAUAUAUUGAUCUAUCAUAUUGAUAAAAUAAUGAUUCUAAAACGUUCAUAUACAAUUUAACAUUUUACUUGAAAAUAUUUUUGGUUUCAGAUUACUCUAAUUUACUAGCUGAUUUUUUAUUUUGUUGCCAGUACACUUUCUACAAACGCAUUAGUAACAAGAAUAACUUUUUUACCAGAAAAAAAAACAAGAACAACUUAAUUCUACUCAAAUUUGAAAAACAGAACAAUGCAUAAAAAAAGAAGAAAGAAGAGCGAAAAUGAAGAGUGUGGCACCGAUUUGGAAAAAUAAAUUAAUUGAUUUACUCUAUUUAUAUGACUAUAUCAUUUAAUACAAUAUAAAGAAACUAAGAUCAUCAAUAAAGGAAUCAUAAUCAAUUAGAUUCUUUCAAUUAUUAUAAAAAAAUGGAAAUUUUGAAGAAAACAGGAAUCGAGCCUGCACAUGUGAUAUAAAAGGAGUAGAACUCAAGCCACUAGACCUAAGAGAAUUACCUAGUAUUGGCGCCCCUAAAAUAUAUAUAUUGUGUGGCGCCUAAAGCCCAAGCUUUACGGACUUUAGGCCAGGUUCGGGCAUCAAGAAUGGUCAAGAAACGGAAUAUUAUACGGAGACUAGAAGAAAUAUUAAGCUGACCAAAGGUGUAUCUAAUGUAUCUCAGUCAAUAUAAGUUUGUUAUUUAUUUGACGUUGUCGUAUUGGACGUUGUCUUCUUUUUGUAGGCGUGUUGGACGGGACUUGGAUGUUCAUAUUUUGAGAUCCACGCGUAUUGAUGAAUCAAUAGUCUUUUAUUUUUCUCAAAACAGAACUGUAAGAGCUUCUUUUUAGCAAAAAAAAAACUGUAAGAGCGUCUCUGUCUCAACGGUAUUGCAGAUUUUGCAAUCCUAGGCAUCAUUCGUCAAUGGAAUGCUGGGGAAAGAAGAAGGAGAAGCAGAAGGAAAAAGAGAAAAAGUGGUUCCUCGAAAAUGGAAGCAUCUUUCUUCAGCAACUCAUUGCAGACUGUAACGGUGUAUCAAACCCUAUCCGAAUCUUCUCUUCCGAUCAAAUCUCCAAGGCCACAGAUCACUUCGACCCCAAGUUUUAUCUCCAUGAUAUACCAGAAGCCUUUACUUGGUACAAGGCCGUCAUCGAAGGCAGAUCUUACGCGAUCAAGAAAUUUACAGACAAAUGGCAUCAAAUCCAUCCAGUCGCGCCGUACAAUGAUAUCGUCUUGUCGUCUCGGGAGAGAGGAGAACCUAUUGAAUUCGGGGGUGGUUCGAACCAGAUGAGGCCUGGUCAGAUGAAAAUGUUUCUCGACCUGGCAUUGAGAUGCUGCGAGGAGAGGAAUGAAGACAGGCCUAAGAUGAUCUCGGUGGCGAAAGAGAUUAAGCUAAUAGAAACAAUGAUCAUUUGAUUGUUCUGAGGAUGGUCAGAUCUAAAGAUCUGAUAUUUGUGGUUAUACGGUUGUGUAUUUGUUACAUUUGUGAUUUAAUAUGAUAUAUGAUUUUCGAGUAAAACUUUUAUUUUGAUUAAGAAAGAGUUUUGAGGGUAAAUGAAUCUAUCUUUAGGUUCUGAAAGCAUGCAGAACAUGUUAGAUGGUUCUCAUUUCCAGAAAAGCUUCAUGUUGAAUUAAGGAGCAAGGAUAUUAGCAUCAGGGAUUAGAUCCAAAAGCAGGAAGCGUAGUUUCGAAAACCUGCUUGAAUGUGUAUUUUUUUGUUUUUUGCUUAAAUUGAAUGUAUUCUUGAAAUUGUUUGUCAAGAUUAGGCUACAAAUCAAAAUCUCAUGAAAGUUUUGUGUUGAUCAUUCAGACUGCAUGUGCAAAAGAGUGAGUUUCAAACUUGUUCACCGAUAAAAGUUGAUAUUUUGUAAAAAAAAAAAAAAUUUUGGAAUUUUGAAACUUUAAUUGCCUCAGAGCACCUUCCCGUUGGAGUUCUUAGUAUAUGUGUUAUGUAUAUAUAUAUGUAUGU